UUAAAAUAAAUUUAAAUGCUUUGUUGGGAAAAUGAGGAUAAAUUUCUUCAGCAACGUUAUCCGACAUUGUAUCCUAAAACAGAAACAUUAAAAGAUUUAUUAUUAAAAUCAAGUGUACCAAUACCAUGGAGUACGGCCGGGGCACCACCAUGUAUGGAACCAAUUUCCGGUCCCACAGUUCCGCCUCGUGUAGGAACAUCUUACCAGACUUCUCAUCCGCAUCCAUGGAGACCUACACUUAGUUACGAAAUGAUUGAGGUCAAAAAUCUAGCUGAACAACCUGUAACAAAUCAGCUGGUGAAACCACGUUUUGCCCCCACAGGCAUGACAACCGAACCAAUGACUUUUCCUAAUCUGGUGACAGGAUUUCAACGUAAUCCCCAACAUGCUGCCAGAGCCGCUCUUUAUACACGUUAUACUUCCGGAGAAUGGAUGAAUAAUAAUUUAUCGAAAUAUACUGAAUCGAACAUUAAUAGAAAUCAAUCAGAGCGUUUACGUAAUGAUGCUGUUCGUUUGAUGCGUGAAACUGAUGAGAAGACAGCUCAAGGGCAACGUGAUGCUGGUAGACGUUUGGGUGAACGUAUUACAGAUGUAACUUUUUGGCGCAAUGAAUUAAACACUGAAUUGGAGAAAUUAGUGUCGGAAUCUUCGGCCUUUACCGAACUUAAACGAAAAUGUGGCAAAGCUAUGCUUGAUAUAGAAGCACCUUUGCACAUUGCUCAAGAAUGUCUAUAUCAUAGAGAGGGACGCGCAGGAGUCGAAAAGGUUCAUGAUUGUGUGGAGAAAGCUUUGCUGUUAGAAAUUGAUAAUUUACGAAAUUCUCGUGAAAAACUUAAAGAAUUGCACGACAAGAUUACCAAACAAGCCAAUGAUUGUCGGGCAGCUCAACAUUUAUUGGAAGAAGAUGUCUCAUUCAAAGAGUCAACCUUGGGGAUUGAUUCUGUGUGUCAUCAAUUAAAUAAUUAUAGCAGAGGUAUUGCUUAUUAUGGCGGUAUUGAGAAAUAUGAUCCAUCUGUAAGUACUCAAGAGACUUGGGCGGAGGCCAGUAGUCAACGUGUCAGCAGAUCUCAGGCAGAGCGUUCUAAACUUUCUCAGCUGCGAAGUGAUGCCGAGACUACCGUUAAUGCAAUUGCCACUUCUAUGUGGGAUCAUUGGAGCAAUACAAAUAAUAGUUUUGAUCGCAGAUCUCAAGAAAUGGCCGAAUCGAAAAAUAAAAUACAAUUACAUUUACAUAAAGUACAACAGGAGUUGUUCGAUUUAGAAAAGCAUAUAUUUUUACUUCAAAAAGCCAUACAGGAUAAAUCGAAUCCUCUUAAAGUGGCUCAAACGCGUUUGGAGGCUCGUAGCCAUCGUGAAGGUGUAGAGUUAUGCAAGGAUUAUGCUCAAUUACGGUUGGUGCAAGAAGUGGACGACCUGAAAAAUGUUGUGAAUAAUUUACACCAUAAAUUGCAAGAAGCUGAGGCUCAACAUCAGAGCCUGUUGAAAACUCGUUCUAAUUUGGAGGUUGAUUUGCGCAAUAAAGUCAAUGCUCUAUUUAUUGAUCGCGAGAAAUGUAUGGGUUUAAGACGUUCUUUUCCAGUUAAUAAUAUGAUUAAAUAUUAAACAAAUGUUUAUACGUACAUAUCUGUAUGUUAAAAUCUGUUUGUAUUGUAAAAGUUUUGAAAAAAUCAAUAAAUUGGAUGUAAUAGUAAUAUUUCAAAAUAAAA